AUCGACACUUGAUGUUCUUCACUCGCAUUUGUAGUGUUUUAAACGUCAAAGUGUCAAAAAUCUCUUGUGAUUUGUUUUCUUUUGGAAAAGUUCGUCAAAAUAGUGGGAAAAAUGCUGGGAAAUUGGCAAAAUUGGUGUCGAUUGUGUGCAAAAAGUAAUUCUUCAGAGGAUAAAUGUUUUCACAAAACUGAAUCUAUUUCCGAUCAAUUGGAAAUUGUUAAUAAACACUUUACAAUUUCGUUGGUUCCUCUUGAAGGUAUUCUGUCCUGGAUUUGCAAUGAGUGUCACUCUUUCCUUGCAAAAUUGGAUAAUUACGGUGAACAAUGUCUAAGAGUGGAUCAAAUGUUUAGAGAACUUAUUCUACGUAAGGAUAUCACAGAUGCUGAUCUUCAAUCAAUUCGUGUUGUCUAUGGGAUUGAUAGGGAAGAAGUUAAAUAUAGCAAUGUCUUGACGGAGGAUAAAAAAGAAACUCGUUCAAGUGAAUCUGUCGUUAUUCCUGAUCCUCUCGAUUCAGAAGACGAAAAUGAGAUUUCGGUGAAGGAAGAAAGUAGUCCUGCAGAACUUUCCCCUGUUCGAAGAACACGAAAGAGGAAGAAAAUAGAGAAACAAAUCACUCUCAUACCUAGAAAACGAGGACGUCCUAGAAAAUGCACCCAACAACAAAUUCUUGUUAACCCCAAAGCUGAAGUGAAGGAAGAAACGAAAUUCAGUGAUUCAGAUGCAGACAGUGCAGCUCCUGAGCAAGAUCUCGAUGAUACCUCUGACUACGUUCCAGAUGAUCUUUUUGAUCAACAAGGUGAACAGCCUGAAGAAGAAAAGAAGCCGCAUAAAAACCCGCGGAAACGAUCGAAAAUCUCCACAGAUAAGGAAAAUGAAUGUGAAUUUUGUUCGAAGAAAUUCUGCAGACGGAGCGUCCUGAAGGAGCACAUUCUGGAGCAACAUAGGCCUGAUGAAUUGCCGCAUGUGUGCUCAAAGUGCUCCAGACGUUUCAUUUCAAAGUACAAACUCAAAGUUCACGAAUCAACGCACCUCUCCGAAGCUGAGAGACGGAAUCUCCCAUGUCCGUACUGUGAGAAAAAGUUCGCCAAGAAGUUUAUUCUUCAAUCGCACAUCCAUGCGAUGCACAUUGGUGACAAGCCGUACGUUUGUGAGGAAUGCGGGAACUCCUUCAGGACAAUAAGUGCUCUCAAUCAGCAUCAGACAAUCCACAGCGACGAACGGCCAUAUCAGUGCGCCAGUUGCCCGAAGAAGUUCAAAAAGACACAACAUCUGAAGAGGCACGAAGAGAGUCACACGGAUAAGAUGUACGAAUGCCCUCAUUGCGACCUCAAGCUAAAAACCACACGAACCCUCAGGAUGCACCUUUUGGUGCAUUCAGAUGAUAAGAAAUAUAAAUGCCACUACUGUGGCAAUGAGUACAAACGCUCAAAGACUCUCAAAGAUCAUCUCAUUUUACACACGGGUCAGAGGCCUUACGAGUGCCCAUUCUGUGAUAAGACCUUCGCAAAUAAUUCCAAUUGUCGCAGUCACAAAAGGAAAGCACAUCCAGUUGAAUUGGCAGCUCUAGAGGCUUCAGGAGAGCAACAACCAAUGCGAACUAUUGUUCCAAAGCUCGAACAUUUACAACCAAAGCAAUCAACUACAAAUCCCCAUGAUCCAGAAGGGGUAAAAAGUGAAAAAGUUUAGUAAUAAGUCAAAAGUUUAGGGUCCUUAAGAUGUGAAAGCUCACAAAUCUAGGAGAUUUAAAGGCAGGUAAAUUAUACAGACAGAACGACUUUCUUAUUCACGUUCUAAAAUCGAGUUCAGUGUUGCAUGACAACAGUGAUCUUAUGAGUACAGUCAUUAGCCACAAGGCAAGACAAUAGCAACAUAAAACUUAUUUUAAAAAAAAAGUUAUUUCAUAACAAUUCUUGGGCUCAAAUUGAUAACAAAUAGUUUUUAUAAUCAUUGAAAAAUUUCUACGAUCAUUUACAAAAUUUUUAUUUUUAUUGAACUUUUUUUUUAUAAAGAACCUUUCGGAGAUCAUAGUUUCCGCCUUCUUCAGGUACAAAAUAUUUUUUGUUUACUCUCUAACUUUUUUUUAUCAAUUGAAGAAUUUCUAACAUUUUAUAUCAUUCAGAGAGAUAUGCAAAUAAUAAAAUUUAAAAUCAAGUGUAAAAGUUGAUUCUGUGAAAAAAUUUUAAAAAAAGUUUUUUUUUCAAUGUAAAUUAAUCUAAGAAACGUUCGAAUGUACAAUGAAAAAUAAAAAAAAAAUAUAAUA